UAGGACCUAAGCCUUUGUUGUUUAUACUAUUUUACUUCGUAGAUCAAUGGGGGCCAGCCCGUGUUGUUGGUACACAAACAUCAAAAGUAAUUUAUUUUUGGGUUUUUCUAAGCUAUGCCCCUAAGGCAGUCGAGAUUCUAAGGUGUACCCAUGCUUUUUCAAAUUUCUUAAUUGUGCCCCUCAACUCACUACCAUUAAAUGAAUGGUACCCUCCUUGGGACUUCCACGUCACCUAAAGUUAACUAUAAAUUUAAUAAAAAAAUGAUAAAAGAUAAGGAAAUGAUACGAGAAAGAAAUAUUAACCACAACAACCCUAAUAAUGAAAACUAAAGCCACGAAAUCACACUCUCAAUUAACUUUUAAAUAACUAAUAAGGGUACAUUUUAGUAUUGAUAAGAAGUUGAAAGGCACGGCUUAAAAAUUUGAAAAAGCAUGGGUACACCCUUAGAAACUCAACUAUGGGUAUAGCUUAGAAAAAUUCUUUUUUUUUUUUUUUUUUUUGGAAAGAAAAAAUCAAAAGUAAUUAGAAUUGAAAGAAAAUGAAUAGAGAGAAAGAGUCAAAGAGAAGACAUUGAUUCACAAUGGUUAGACUUUAGAGGUUGAAGAAGAGCCGCAGUAUGCCAACGGUUUUGGGGAGUGAUAAGAGAAGCCAUUGAUUUUAGCACGAAAAAUGGACCCCAAAUAUAUAGCUCGAAUUCUGGUAGAUUUUCUGGAAGUGGCCAUUACUUCCAUUGUUCUCCACAAAGGUGUUUACCCUACUGGAGCAUUCGAAAGACGAAGAUACUUAAAUAUGGUGGUUCAUAAAGCAAAGCAUCCUGAACUGCAAGACUACAUUCACUCUGCUGUUAAUGGACUCUUUCCUUUCCUUGAAAAGGGAUUUGUUGACAGAGUAGCAGUUAUAUUCUUUGAUUUCAAGGGCAAUCCAUUGGAAAGAUAUAAUUUCAAGCUUCAAGUGAAUCAAUCUUAUGGAUCGAAUGUGGAAGAAGAUGACCUUGAAUUCUCUCUUAGAUCAUUUCUUGUCAAGCUCUCUUUGUCUAAGGACCUUGUUAGGGUUCUCCCUGGGGAUUGCAGGUGGGAAGUAACCGCUUUUUUCCGUUCUGAAGCUCAGAUUAGUGCAAGCAAUGAUCUGGAGCUAUGGAUACCAACAGACACAAAGCAAUGGCAGAAAGCUCCACUGAUAACUCCUAUAAAGUCCAUGAGUUCUGAACCUCUAGGUUUACAGUUGUAUAUGGAGCAUCCUGCUUUGCCUGAGUAAGAAGGUUGAUUAAUCUAGUUCUACUUCUAAUCAUUAUUACGGCUACCAGAAAGUUGGAUCAACUCCGAAGAACAAUGCAUAAGCCAGUCAUUACACCUUUGAUUACCUUUGAUUGAGUCAUUAGCGUCUGAGCAUCAAUGGCUGGUUGUUAAUCCAUGUAUGUUUAUCCCAUCGAAGAACAGAAGCCGUCUACACAUUGGGUGUUUGUUGUAUCAUUGGCCCAGUCAUGUAUGAGUAGUCAGGAUAUUUAGAGUAUGUAUGAGUAGUCACUCCUUAAUUGGCAUGAAUAGGUGGUUUUUUCUAGGUGGUUUUUCCUGAUUGAUACUGCGACUAAAGUCUUGAAGUCUUGGUUGUUAUAAUAUGUCGUUGCAGCCUCUACACGUUAUUGUGCAGUUACUGCCUGUAUACUGAUUUUUUUUUUUUUAAUACAAAAGAGUAAGCAUACAAAACACGAGACUACUACUUAUCUCUAGUCAUACUUGCUAGAUUUUGUGUAGUCUUACACAACAUAC